UGGUACUGGGAAUAACUUCUGAUGAAGCUGGGUAGCCGUGCCCAGGGAAAUGCGUCAAGCUUCUACUUCUGCCUACAUAUUGUAUCUGAUUACCAAGGAUCCUGAUAUGGACUAUUGAUAAACUGCUUCUGGUGAGCUCUGGACACCUGAUCCUGCCUAUUACAGCAUACAAUUGGAUACCCAGUGGAUAUCGCACAGCAAGCAUGCAUGCUGACUGAGAGACUGUGUCUGGACUCCACACAAUACAUGAUUAGGGAUGAUUGAAGAGAAUUGAAGGAAAAUAGCUCUACAUGGACAGCUACAGAAACAAACAUUACAAUAAUUAAUGACAACAAGCAUAAACUGGUGCAGUGCUUUUGAUUUAUUUUAUCAUGCUUCAUUUGAAACAGACAAAUUGCUACUUAUUCAGGAACAAGACUUUUAUCCUCAUAUUCUUCCUGUUCUCAGCUCUUCUUAGUUUGACAUUACUUAUCCUAAGUAAUUACUGCUGGGUUUCUCUGGGAGGCUUUAGUCCAUGCUAUCCUGUUCCGUUAAUGAAUGUUAAAAGAAAUAAUUCUGUAAAGCUGGAUAAUCCAUAUCUUGAAAAAACACUAAACGGAUCCAGUAACUCUUCAUUUACUACAGUUGUGGUGCUAAAAACUAAUUCAUCUGGUGAAUCUCUGGAAAUGCUGCAGAGAUAUAAGUACACAAUAAAUGAACCUAAUAAAUGUAAAGAACAUGUUCCAUUCCUUAUUCUGCUUGUGACUGUGGAAAGAUGGCAGAAUAAGGCUCGACAAGCUAUAAGACAAACUUGGGGAAAAGAGGAUUUUGUAUUUGGGGUCAAGAUAUUAAGGCUAUUUUUAUUGGGCCAUGACAAGAAGUUAACUAUUGAUUCUGAACACGCUCUUAUGAAUGAAAGUCAGGAAUAUCAUGACAUUAUCCAACAGGAUUUUUUAGACACCUACCAUAACCUAACCAUUAAGGUAAUGAUGGGUUUCGUAUGGGUAGCCACAUACUGUCCACAAGCCACAUAUGUAAUGAAGACAGACAGUGACAUGAUUAUUAAUACAGAAUAUUUAGUAAACAAGCUUUUGAAACCAGAUCAACCUCCAAGAACUAAUUAUUUCACUGGAUGCUUAAUGGAAAAUCAACCUCCCAUACGUGACAAAAACAGUAAAUGGUAUAUGCCACCAGAUAUUUACCCAGAGAAUAAAUAUCCCCCAUUUUGUUCUGGGACUGGCUAUGUAUUCUCUGGAGAUCUAAUACAGAAGAUAGUCAAUAUCUCCCCAAUCAUUAGAUGGCUACCCCUAGAGGAUGUGUACAUCGGACUUUGCCUUGAUAAAUUGGGAGUAAAGCCUGUAGCUCCACCAAAACACACUGAUUUCAAUGCCUGGAGAGUUACAUACUCAGACUGUACAUAUAACCAGAUUGUAACAUCACACAUGUGGAGUCCUGAGGAUAUAAUACUUAAAUGGAACAGCCUACAACAAAACAAACAUCUUUGUGUCUAAAUAACAAAAUAUGAAACGGUUAAGUAGCAAUUUAAAGUGUUAAAAUGCAGAAAGAAAGGACUCACGUUAAAGUUUUGUAAUUUGCACACUUCCUUUUGUCUAACACUAUCUAACAGGAAAAUGUGCAUGUCUUGUAAUUCUUGUUUAAACAAAUUCAUCAGGUCUCUAUCAAGAAGACGGUAGGUCAUGACAUCAGACAGUUGUUUCUUAAUUUCAUCAAUGUAUUUGAUGGUAGCCUGGAUGACAAGGGCA